UUGAGCGCAGUGCCGUUCACGAUUGGAUAGAAGUGAUAGGAGUGAUUUUGUGUAACGUCUGUGAUAUUUUAAAGAAGUCGAUAUGAACUCUUUUAUCGCUCAAUUGAUACUGACAUCGCUUGUUUUCAUCAUAACGAACGUCUAUGCUGAGAAGAAAAUUGUUUGCUACGUCGGCACAUGGGCAGUUUACAGACCAGGCCGAGGCCGCUUCGACAUUGACCACAUUGAUCCGUUUCUCUGUACACAUUUGAUCUACUCAUUCUUUGGAAUCAACGAAGAUGGCUCGAUUAGAAUAAUCGAUCCCUAUCUGGACCUUGAGGAAAAUUGGGGUCGAGGACAUAUCAAACGAUUCAACGGACUUAAGUCCAUCAAUCCAGGCUUGAAAACCAUAGCAGCAGUAGGAGGUUGGAAUGAGGGUUCGAUCAAAUUUUCCAACGUUGCCGCGAAUCCAGAAUUGAGACAACGUUUCAUCACAAACAGCGUGGAGUUUUGCAGAAGGCACAAUUUUGACGGUGUGGAUCUUGAUUGGGAGUAUCCUGCCCAGCGUGGUGGAAAUGAAACUUUUGAUAAGGAAAAUUACGCGAGGUGGUUGGAAGAACUGAGACAAGAAUUUGAUCGCCAAGGUCUGCUCCUAAGUGCGGCUGUGGCAUCUGCAGAAUUUUCUGCCGGUGUCUCGUACGACAUCCCACGCGUUUCAGCCGCACUUCACUUUGUCAACGUGAUGACCUACGAUAUGAAUGGAGCGUGGAAUGAUUACUGCGGACUGAACGCACCACUUUAUCAAGGGCCAUCCGACGUAACAGAGAUACAGCAACAACUGAACGCGAAUACCAGCAUCCACUAUUGGUUGUCACAAGGAGCCCCGAAGGAAAAGCUCAUAAUGGGUAUCCCACUUUAUGGAAGGUCUUUCACACUAACAAACGCCGCGGAAAAUUAUAUUGGUGCGGCAGUCAAUGGCCCCGGAAUUGAGGGACCUUACUCCAGAGAACCUGGUGUGCUGGGAUACAAUGAGUUUUGCGAAAAACUUCAAACUGAGGAAUGGGAUAUCCGAUCAAGUGAUGAGCAACGUGGAUUCUAUGCUGUCAGAGGCAAUCAAUGGCUUGGUUUCGAUGAUCCGACGUCGGUGCAGUUCAAGUUGGACUAUAUUUUACAAAUGGAUCUUGGAGGUGCCAUGGUAUGGUCGCUGGAAAGUGACGACUUUCUUGGCGUUUGCCACGGUAAGGCAAAUAUCUUGUUGGAUGGUAUAUACUCAGCUCUGAACAAUGGGUCACAGCCGCCUACUACAGCAGCAACAACGUCAACGACUGCAGCAGAUCCUGGUGUGUGUACCGGCGUGGGUGGGUUUCCCCAUCCUGAAUAUUGUGACAAGUUUUACUUUUGCUCUAACGGUCAAAUCAUUGAAUUUUCAUGUCCCGAUGGGCUAUUGUUCGAUCCGUUCGAGCUAGUUUGUAACUGGCCUGAACAAGUUGACUGUGAUAUGAAAGAUCUAUUGUAGAACUGAAACACCGAAACCAGAACGGAGAAUAAUAUGCACACAAUCGUUUAAUAAAUACUUAUCUCACUGAACAUCAAAACUUCUUUUUCUACUUGUUAAGCUAUCACAUCUCAGCUGUUUCAGCAUAGAACUUAUAUCGAAGACUUCCGCAAUUGUUUAUUGAGAGCACUACACUGAU